AACUGGAUUUUAAGUUUAAUUAAAUUACACGGCCACACAUGGCUGUGCCAAUAAUAUUAAACAACUCAAGUUUGUCCUUAUUCUAAACUUCAAUCUGUUUCUUUCUUCUAGAGAAAAGUCUGCAACCGGUGGAGUCAAUCCCAGCCAGCUCCUUGUACACAGGCUCAGGACAGGUGAUUUGCACCCCGGUGGGAAUUCUGAUUACUCUUCUACACCUCUCAAUCCAACAUUGGUGCUACUUGGGGAAAACUAUGGCCUCAACUAUCAUCACCAAGAUUCAAGAGAUUGCCACCUGCUCCAUCUGCCAGAACCUGAUGAUGAGCCCAGUGAGUAUCACGUGUGGACACAGCUUCUGCCAGGUGUGCUUAGAACACCUCUACAGUGAGCAGCUCAGUCAGGGACAGAUAUGCUUUUGUCCUUUAUGUCAAGCUCCGUUCAAUAAAAAUAGCAUCCGGGUCAACAAGCAUCUGGAAAGCAUUAUUGAAGUGUUUGAGGACAUGGAAACCGAGCUGGUGUGCGAGGCCCAUGAAGAGCGGCUCCGGCUCUUCUGCGAAGACGAUGGCCAGCUCAUCUGCUGGCGCUGUGAGCGGGCACCACCGCACCAGGGACAUGCCACAGAACUGGUGGAUGCCGUGUGCCAGGUCUACAAGGAAAAACUCCAGAAAGCUGUAGCAAAAUUAAAUGAACUCCACACAGAAUGUAUGAAUCAGAAAGCAUUUGUGGAAACACAGAUAACUGAGUGGCAGGAUGCAAUAGAGAUUCACAGACAAAAAAUCAAGUCUGACUUUAAGGAUCUCCAUAGUUUUCUGCAUGAGGAGGAGAAGGCUUUUCUUUGGAGGUUGGAAAAAGAAGAAGAACAGAUGCUGGCGAAACUAAGGGAGAGUAAAGCAAAGCUGGAGCAGAAGAGCGAUGAGUUUGAGAGCCAUAAGGUUGAGCUAGAGGGAAAAUGUCAGGGCUCAGACCAGAACCUGCUGCAGGAUGUGAAGGGCACCUUGAGCAGGGCUUGUGCUGUGAAGCUGGAAGCUCCCGAGGCCUUUUCCUUGGUGAUUCAGACUGUGUGUGAUGUUGCUGAGCUUUACUUGGAUGUGAAGAAAAUAUUAAGACGUCAUCAAGUCAGUGUGACUCUGGAUCCAGACACAGCUCAUCCUGCCCUAACUCUGUCUGAGCACUGCCGACGGGUGUCUCGUGGAUGCAGCCAGCAGAAUACUGAAGUUUCUCCCACGAGAUUUAUGGCCUUCCCCUGUGUCCUGGGCCGUGAGCGCUUCAGCUCAGGAAGACACUACUUCGAAGUGAAUGUUGGAGAAGGAACAGCUUGGGAUGUGGGAGUCUGUAUGGAGAAUGUGCAGCGAGGCCUUGGCAUGAAGCAGGAGCCCGAGAGUGGGUUCUGGGCCAUCAGGCUGUGUGCAGAGAACGGCUAUGUAGCCCUGACCUCUCCCCCCACUGCCCUUGAGCUGCGUGAUGUGCCCCUGGUGGUGGGGGUGGCUCUGGACUAUGAGGCUGGAGCUGUGUCCUUUUACAGCAUGACCUCUGGCUCGCACAUCUUCACCUUCCCCAAGGCUUCCUUCUCUGGUACUCUGCGGCCUUACUUCCAGGUUUACCAGCAUUCUCCUUUGUUCCUGCCUCCAUGUGGUGAGUAG